AUGUCCGAUAAAACCAAGGAGAUGAACCUCUCCGGAUUGAUAUCCCGAAUGUAUGCUUGGAUUUCAAUACAAAACCCCCAGUCACCAAUUGUCAAGGUCAUGGACGAUGAAACCAGAGCUGGAAACAGACUUCUAGAACAGGCACUUUACAUACUAUUGGCCUGGGCUUACAAUACCUAG